CAGGCCAAGCAGCAACUAAUUAAGCAAAGCGCAGUAAUGGCUCGGCAACUACAAAACCCAUUAGCCUUGUUCUACCUUUUACUCGUUGUCCUGAUCAAUGGCUCCCAAGCGGGCGUAAUCACGGUGUACUGGGGCCAGGAUGGAAAUGAGGGCAGCUUGGCUGAUGCUUGCGCCACAGGCAAUUAUGGCAUUGUGAACAUAGCUUUCCUAUCCACGUUUGGCAAUGGUCAAACCCCCUUGAUCAACCUUGCCGGCCAUUGUGAUCCAACCAGUAAUGGGUGCACCGGUUUAAGCAACGACAUCAAAGCUUGCCAAAACCAGGGUAUCAAAGUCAUUCUUUCUAUUGGAGGCGGUGCUGGUAGCUAUAGCCUUUCCUCGGCUGACGACGCCAGGAGUGUUGCAAACUACUUGUGGAACAAUUUUCUUGGGGGCCAAUCAGACUCUCGUCCAUUAGGUGAUGCAGUCCUAGAUGGCAUUGACUUUGACAUUGAGGGAGGCACGAGCCAGCACUGGGACGAGCUCGCAAAGGCCCUAUCAGAGUUUAGCCAACAGAAGAAGGUCUACUUAACGGCGGCUCCACAAUGUCCUUUCCCAGACGCUUGGCUAGGAGCUGCAAUAAACACAGGCCUAUUUGACUACGUUUGGAUCCAAUUUUACAACAAUGCCCCGUGUGAAUAUUCUGGCAAUGCCGACAACCUUAAGAGCUAUUGGAACAAUCAAUGGAGCACAAUUCAAGCUGGUCAAAUAUUUUUGGGGCUACCUGCAGCCCCAGCGGCAGCUGGGAGUGGCUACAUCCCGUCCGACGUGCUUAUCAAUGAUGUGUUACCUUCUAUUAAGAGUUCUUCGAAAUACGGGGGUGUUAUGCUUUGGUCGAGGAGUUUUGACAAUGGCUAUAGCUCAGCUAUUAAGUCUAAUGUUUAAACUACUUUGCUAGCUAGCUCCUAAUUACUAAACAGUUUCAUUUUACAUGUUUCACUUUAUAUAUGAGAUGUAAUAAUAAAACAAAGCAUAUCUACGUAAUAAAACAUGGAGCAGAAAGAUUAGCCGGUUAGCCGGUUUUUA